AUGGCUUCCCACGAUCCGCAUCGUCCUGCGACGCCAGCAGAGCAGCCUUCAGAAGAGCAGACCCUUCUUUCCAGGAAGUCUUCGCCACCUACCAAGACCGCGAUGACUAUCAUGAGCACCAUCACGCGGCUUUGGGGACCGCCUAGCACCGAACGUUCACUUUUGAUCAAGCUGGACUUCACGAUACUGAUAUAUUUCUCGAUAAUCUGGUUCUUGUUUGGUAUCAAUCGGUCGAGCUAUAGUACUGCUUAUAUCUCAGGAAUGAAAGAAGACCUUGGCUUUCAGGGAAAAGACUACAACUACAUGUCCACGAUCUAUCUGAUCACCUACGCCAUCUUCCAAAUUCCUUCCACCUCACUGCUGAUACUCACGAAACCUCGCUACGUCUUUGUGGCAGCCAAUACCGUCUGGAGUGUACUUACCUUGGUCACCUAUCGAGUCGACAAGGUGUGGCAGGUCUUCAUCUUGAAUGCCUUCGAAGGCGCGUUUUCGGCGAUCGCAUUCGUUGGCGCUCAUUUUGUGUACGGCUCGUGGUACAAACAGUCUGAGCUCGCAACCCGUGCUGCCAUCUUCUGCGGCUUUGGCAACCUCGGAAACAUGGCAGGCGGCUGGAUACAGGCUGGUCUCAUCAAUGCUCUCAAGGGUAGCUCCACUUCUCUGCCAGCUUGGAGACUGAUCUUCAUCGUUGUCUCAUGCAUGACGAUACCUUUUGCAGUGUUCGGAUGGUUCGCGAUUCCCGAUCUUCCCAGACACAAAGCCGCACGUUUCCUGUCUACUGAAGAGAAAGAAAUCGCCACCACCAGGCUAGGCAAGACAGACAAGACGACCUGGGACUGGACUGUGCUUCGCCGAGUGCUACUCAGCUGGCAGUUCUACCUCUUACCCUUUGUCUUCAUGUUGUACUCACUUGUUGUACAAGCUCUUGGCAACAACGUGAUGCCCUUGUGGAUGGCGUCUCGAGGCUACACCGUUGUGCAGCAGAACACUUGGCCCACUGCUGUUCACGGGACGGCAAUAGUAGCGACCUUCUUCUACUGCUUUGUCAGCGACAAGCUGAACUCUCGCUGGCAGUGUUCGCUCGCAAUCGGAUUCACAUUCAUUAUCAGCAGUGCGAUUCUUGUAUCGUCUCCGAGCAGCGAUGCGGCGUACUUCUUUGCCUUCUACCUGAUGGGCACCACGUACGCGCCACAGGCAUUGUGGUACUCCUGGAUGGCCGACCUCACUGGACAUGAUCUACAAUUACGAGCCAUCACCACGGGUUUUAUGAAUAGCUUCGACUUUGCUUUCGUCACUUGGUGGCCGCUGGUCUUCUACCCUGUCACAGAUGCGCCCAACUACCGAAAAGGCUACAUUGCGAGCCUGGUCACGGGCUGUCUGACUAUACCGGUCAUCAUAGUCAUUGCAGUACUCGAAAGAAGAGGCAGACAGAGUGGAGUGAUUGGCCGAGACGCAUCGAUACCUGCCGAACCCGAUCCAGACACAACGGUGGUUGAUCCAGAGGACGACAGGAUACCUAAAGCUUUGGCUAUUCGCCAAGCUCAAGUGAUAUCCAGCAUUGCCGCGGUCAGCACUCAAUGA